UCCACUGUGGAGUAGGCAGCAGGCGGCCGCAGGCGGGUGUGUGCGUGCUUGUCUCUUGCGGUCGGCUAGGAGAGCCCAAGGGUUGCGGGUGUAGACGUCCUCCCCGGUGCACUAGCCAUGGCCUCUACCGGGGGCCCGCCCUGGCCUCUGAGCCUUCUGGGCGCGCCUCUGGGGCUGCUGCCGCAGGAUCCUACCGGUGGCGCGCUGCUGCUUUUCGGCCUCGCAGUGCUGCUCGGCUGGCGCUGGCUGCAGUGGGACCGGGAGCGGAACAUCCCCCCUGGGCCCAGGCCCUGGCCACUGGUGGGCAACUUUGGUCACGUGCUGCUGCCGCCCUUCCUCCGGCGGUACAGCUGGGUGUACCGCAAGGCGAGGGUCGCAGAGCUGGAGACCGCGGCCCUGUGCCCGCAGAUGCUCCUGGACAACCUAGCCCGCUUGUACGGCAACGUGUUCAGCUUAUUCAUCGGCCACUACCUGGUGGUAUUCCUCAACGACUUCCACAGCGUGCGCGAGGCGCUGGUGCAGCAGGCCGAAGUCUUCAGCGACCGCCCGCGGGUGCCUCUCACCUCCAUCAUAACCAAGGGAAAGGGGAUUGUUUUCGCACGUUAUGGGCCAGUCUGGAGACAACAUAGGAGGUUCUCCCAUUCAACUCUUCGUCAUUUUGGCUUGGGAAAGCUUAGCUUGGAGCCCAAGAUUAUUGAAGAGUUCAAGUAUGUGAAAGAGGAAAUGCAAAAGCAUGGAGGAAAACCCUUCAGUCCUUUCCCCAUCAUCAGCAAUGCUGUCUCUAACAUCAUUUGCUCUUUGUGCUUUGGCCAGCGCUUUGACUACACCAAUGGUCAAUUUAAGAAGAUGCUCGGUUUUAUGUCACGAGGGUUAGAAAUUUCUCUGAACAGCCAGGUCCUCCUGGUCAACAUAUGCUCCUGGUUUUAUUACCUUCCAUUUGGACCAUUUAAGGAGUUAAGACAAAUUGAAAAGGAUUUAACCAUUUUCCUUAAAAAAAUCAUCCAAGAUCAUCGAGAGUCGCUGGAUGUAGACAACCCUCAGGACUUCAUUGAUAUGUACCUUCUUCACAUGGAGGAGGAGAGGAAACAUAAUAGCAGCAGUAGUUUUGAUGAAGAAUACUUAUUUUAUAUCAUUGGUGAUCUCUUCAUUGCUGGGACUGAUACCACAACCAACUCUUUGCUUUGGUGCCUUCUGUAUAUGUCACUGAACCUCGAUGUUCAAGAAAAGGUUCAUGAAGAAAUUGAAAGGGUCAUUGGCCCUGACCGAGCCCCGUCUCUCACUGACAAGGUCAAGAUGCCCUACACAGAAGCCACCAUCAUGGAGGUGCAGAGGCUGGCUGUGGUGGUGCCACUCUCCAUUCCUCAUAUGACAUCAGAGAAAACAGUGCUCCAAGGUUAUACCAUUCCUAAAGACACAAUAGUCUUACCCAACUUGUGGUCAGUACACAGAGACCCAGUCAUUUGGGAGAAACCAGAAGAUUUCUGCCCUAAUCGAUUUCUUGAUGCUCAAGGACAACUCAUUAAAAAAGACACCUUUAUUCCUUUUGGAAUAGGGAAGCGGGUAUGUAUGGGAGAGCAACUGGCAAAGAUGGAAUUAUUCCUGAUGUUUGUGAGCCUAAUGCAGAGUUUCACAUUUGCUUUACCUAAAGACUCCAAGAAACCCAUCCUGACUGGAAGAUUUGGUCUAACUUUAGCCCCACAUCCAUUUAAUAUAAUUGUUUCGAAGAGAUGAAGAAAGUUUCCAAGCAAAGACGGUGAACAGAUAUAUAAAUAUGUGUCCUUCUGAACAGAUUUUUCCUUCUUCAGUUGACUGCAGAUCUAGCAAUUCAGCAUCUUCAGAGUAGGCUUAGAUUAGGGAGAGAUUGGAAAGAGAGAGGAUAGAGCACACAGGAGCUCUCAUCUCAGAGGAUUCCUUAGCAGGAUACUUCAGCCAUUUUAGCAAUGUUUGUCUGUAAUUGAGAGACAAGAUCCACAAUAUUGGAUUGGAAAGCAAAUGAUCUGGAUUUAGUCCCAGUGGCUUCCAUCAAUGAACAUUUCUUCUCGCCGUUUGGAAAAUGAAGAUAACACAACUUGCUUUCUCUCUACUUCUAAGCACAAAUGAAGGAAAAAUGCCUCUUACCUUUCUGGCAUCACCCAAACACUGUUAGGUUCUGGAGAGAAAAUUCAGAAGUAGAAGGAAGACCUACCUGCUGGCCGUUUAAGACUUCUGACCAUGAGAAAGUGGUGCUCAGACUUGAGCACUUUGUCACAGAGGGAGGUGGGUUUAGGUUAAUUGAGCUAGAGCUUUUCCCAGCACAGAUCCUGUGUUGGUUUUUUUUAUUUUGUUUUAUUAUGUUACCUUUUUGUUUAUGAUUUUAGGUUUUAAUCUUUGUUUUUGUAGACAUGGGAGGAAGUGGACCCUUGGCCAGUUAGUUGAGGCAAAAAGAAAUCAGGAUUUUUAAAAAAGCCUCCUGCAAAGUUCUUAUCUGAAUUUACAUGACUGCCUUCUACUUGGACUACAUGAACUUAGCCCACUGAAAAAGUGGCUUCAUGGCAGAAUUCCUUCCGGCUGAGUUUACUUGCAAAGAUGUAGCUUUGCUUUUUGACUUAAGCCCUGCUUGGUGAAGUUGGGAAUUUUGAUACUGGGAUUCAUCAGGAAAGGUUUCUUCUUCCAAACUAUACUGAACAUUCCUUUCCCAUUCUUCCCGCCUCCAGGCCUCAUCCUUGCCUACUGUCAAAGUCAGGCAGGAAUUCCUAUUCUUCAUUAACGGAAUUAAAUUGUCUGCAGUUGUCCAUGGGGUAGUAGCUGCCUACAGGGGACUGUUUGCAAAUGUGCAGCCAUCAGCAAGUUUCUGCUUAACACACGGAUGGGGGGACUACCGGCCUUUUGCUGCUAUGGGGGCCAGGAUGCUAAAUUUCCUGCAGCAUUCGAACAGCCCUAGACAAUGUUGAAUUGUCUGCCCAGAUGCCAAUAUUGCCCCCAGUGAGAGUACUGCUCAAAAACACCAUGCUCCAAAGAAUGAAUUGCCCUUUUCUUUGCUUACCUACAGUACUACUCUGUAUAGAAGUAAUCAUGGUAAGAAUAUGAGCGACUGUGUUUUGAGCCCUUUUUCAAGCUGGCACCAUACUCAAUGCUUUACUUGUAUGCUUAUUUAAUCCUAACAGAAACUCCCAUUUUGCAGUUGAUGGAACUGAGGCUUAGAAAAGUUAAGGCACACGGUUUAGACCCUCUCUGGGUUUCAAACCUACCAGUCUCUGUAGCUGGAGCAUGCUUUCUGAACCGCUUCUCUCUAUUGCCAGCACUUGACCUCAGAGCAGUCAACUCCUCCUGUGUGGGCUGUUCUCCAUCCCAGUCUGAGCUCUGAGGCUGGGCUAUCCUGCUGUUUGCCUCCCUCACAGUGCCUAGCACAGUGCCUUGCUCCUAGUGGGUGCCCAGUAACAUGUGAACGACUUAAGGAGUGUACUUAAGGGCAAAAGCCUACCCUGUUUGAAUAAUUAACAGAUUGUACUAUUGUUUCUUAAAAAUUAGCAUGUGUCAUUUGUUAAUGUUAAUUAAAGCCAGUUUUUAAAAAUUACUGGACAUGCAUGUCAGAUUCCAGAAAAAGAAUCUAGUAUAUAGGAGGAAUUUAUGACCUAGGGACCCCACAGCUUAUCUCAGAAAAACCAGUUGCAACACAAACUAAAGGAUAAAGGCUGUUCAAGGCUGUUCCAGCUGUGGUGGCGCCUCGACCCCCAGGGGAUGGAUAAGGCAAGAUCAAUAUGCCCAUAAGAUGAACAACAAGAAAGGCCUGCUCUUCCUAGAUAGAUAACACAGCUGCAUUUCAAAGAACAAUACAUCAGAACCCUAGCAACCUAUCAGCCCAGAAAUUGAUAGGCACUCACCCAAUCGAGGCACAGGACACACUCAGCAGGCACCCUUCCCCCCCAACGUGGGUUUUUCCUUUAAAAAAUGCU